AUGUCACAAGUCGAAGUAAAGACCGAAGUCCAAAAAGUCCUCAAUAAAACCGCACCAGGAUUACAGAUAUGGAGAGUGGAGAAAAUGGAAAUGGUGCCAUGUCCACCUAAAACGUAUGGGCAGUUUUUUGAGGGAGACAGCUAUCUAAUACUACAUACAAGAAAGACCAGCAGCUCCUUCAGCUAUGACAUCCACUACUGGCUGGGCAACUCGACCUCGGUGGAUGAGCAGGGCGCAGUGGCUAUUUACGCCACCCUGAUGGACGAUCACCUGGGGGGUGUGGCGGUGCAGCAUCGGGAGACCCAGGGCUACGAGAGCCCCACAUUUCAAGGCUACUUCAAACACGGCAUCAUUUAUAAGAAGGGUGGAGUCGCGUCGGGGAUGAAGCAAGUGGAAACUAACACAUACAACGUCCGCAGAUUGCUGCACGUCAAAGGCAAGAAGCAUGUGGUGGCCGGGGAGGUGGAUAUGAGCUGGAACAGCUUUAAUAAUGGUGACGUUUUCCUGCUGGACCUGGGAAAUCUCAUCAUACAAUGGAACGGCCCACAGAGCAAUCGCAUGGAGAGGCUGAGGGGAAUGAAUCUGGCGAAGGAUGUCCGGGACCGAGAGAGAGGCGGCCGUGCACAGAUCACUGUGGUGGAAGGAGAUGACGAGCAAUCUUCUGGGGAGGCCAUGAAACUAAUGAUCCAGGCUUUGGGACAAAAGGGGAACAUUAAAGAUCCGAUUCCAGAUGAGGUGGUGGACGAAAAACUGAAAUCCAGCAUCAAACUCUUUCAUAUUUCAGAUGCUGAAGGUAACCUGGUUGUACAGGAGGUGGCUGUGAAACCACUAACACAAGACCUUCUCAACCCAGAGGACUGCUAUUUACUGGAUCAGGGUGGAAUACAGAUCUUUAUCUGGAAGGGAAGGAAGUCAUCAAAAAGGGAAAGGACGGAAUCAGUGGAGAAAGCCGAGGCGUACAAGAAGGCCAAAGGCUAUCCUCCGUCCACGUACGUGGAGAUGGUGAACGAUGGCUCCGAGUCCUCUGUGUUCAAGCAGCUCUUUCAGAAAUGGACAGUCAAGGGUCAGACCAGCGGAAUAGGCUCUACACACACAGUGGGCAAAAUAGCCAAGGUCGAGCAGAUAAAGUUCGACGCCACAUCAAUGCACGCCAGACCUGAUAUAGCAGCCCAGCAGAAAAUGGUGGACGAUGGUUCUGGUGAAGCAGAGGUUUGGAAGAUACAGGACAAUGAGCUGGUCCUGGUGGAGAGAAAGUGGCUGGGGCACUUUUACGGUGGCGACUGCUACCUCAUCCUGUAUAAGUAUGAAGUCAGCAGCAAAAUUUACUACAUUCUUUACAUCUGGCAGGGACGUCAUGCGAGCACAGCGGAGCUGACCGCAUCAGCGUAUCAGGCGGUCAUUCUGGACCAGAAAUACAAUGGAGAACAUGUACAAGUCCGAGUGCCUAUGGGAAAGGAGCCGAUGCACCUCAUGGCCAUUUUCAAGGGCAAAAUGGUCAUUUAUGAUGAAGGACAUUCUGGAGACGACUCCUCCUACAAUACACAGUCACCAAGACUCUUCCACGUUCAUGGAUCUAACGAGUUCAACACUCGUGCCAUUGAGGUGCCGGUCCGCUCCUCCUCCCUCAACUCCAAUGACGUGUUUGUGCUCAGCACCCCCAACUGUUGUUACCUGUGGUAUGGAAAGGGCUGCAGUGGCGAUGAAAGAGAGAUGGCUAAAUCUCUGGCUGAUAUUAUCUCCAGGAGAGAGAAGCGAGUGAUCGCAGAGGGUCAGGAACCUGCUGACUUCUGGGUGAGCCUGGGAGGAAAGUCUCAGUACGCCAGUGGCAAGAGACUGCAGGAGGAAAACAGCCAGAUCAACCCUCGCCUGUUCGAGUGCUCCAAUCAGACGGGCCGCUUCGUCGCGACCGAGAUCACAAACUUCGACCAAAGUGACCUCGAUGAGGAUGACAUUAUGUUGCUGGACAUUUGGGAUCAGGUUUACUUAUGGAUUGGAAAAGGAUCCAAUGACACAGAAAAAAAGGAAGCCGUGGUCACAGCACAGGAAUAUCUGAAAUCCCAUCCGGCUGGACGUGACCCAGACACACCCAUACUGGUGGUCAAGCAGGGCUUCGAGCCCCCGACUUUUACUGGCUGGUUCCACGCCUGGGACCCUUACUUGUGGAGCGGUGGAAAAUCUUAUGAGGAGCUGAAGUCGGAGCUCGGAGACGCAACCGACAUUAUCAAGAUCACAGUGGACCUGACCAACUCAGUCAUCUCCAACUCAAAGGAUUCAGUGUCAAUGCCCUUGUCUCCUUCUACAUUUCCUAAACACCCAGCAGAAGAGCUGGUGAACUGUCCAGUCGAGGAUCUGCCUCAGGGUGUCGACCCAACCAGAAAAGAGGACUAUCUCUCAGAUGAGGACUUCAGUCUAGUCCUGGGGGUUUCACGGCCUGAUUUCUACUUCAUGCCCCUGUGGAAACAGAAGAACCUAAAGAAAGAGAAGGGUCUGUUUUAAACGUGCAGAUUAACAGGAAUCCCACAUUAACAUGAAUGUCUGAGUAACGGCGCAGAUCACUGCCACGUCGUGAGAUUUUAAAUCUGUUUACAUACAAAUGUUAUUUAAAAUCUACAGAUAUAUAAAUAAUGCUCUAUUUAAGAAUGAUUCCUAGUUUUAUGGGUAAUUUGACGAAAUAAAUUAUACACACAACUGUGUAACAUGACAGUGCUUUCACAUGUGCAGUAACUGAAUGGACGUGGUUAAAAGGCAGCUUGUUUACAGUUUUGUCUAUUUUACAUUUAUGAACUUGUAUCAAAAGUGCCUAAUAAA